AUGUGCUCAGAUCGGGAAGCAGAUGGAAUGUACGUGCAGGAGUUGUCUCUGGCCUUCACACGUACAAUUGCUGGUAUCAACCGCGAGCUCGUCUCAGAUAUAGGCUUUCAUUUGUACGAUGUGAUGAGACUGCGGGCACGGGCAUUUGGUCCUCGUGGGCGAACGGCAGGGAUCGGGAUCGUCCUUCACCACGAAACGCGAGUGCUGAUAGUUGGCGGAGGCCCCGCUGGCCUUAUUCUCUCCCUACAGCUCGCUCGCCAUGGCAUCAACAACAUGCUGGUUGAACGAAACCUAGACACAACAAAGUGGCCCAAGAUGGAUCUGACCAACUGUCGCAGCAUGGAACUCUUCCGCCGACUUAGGAUCUCGGAAGGGCUACGGGAGAUUGGUGUCCCCCCAGAAUACUCAUUCGACGUGAUCUUCAGUACCGGGUUGGCAGAAGGUGGAGAGGAGAUAGCUAGAUGGAAGCUCGACUCCGUCAAUGCUUGGCGGAAGCGUAUCAAGUCGCAGAACAACGGCACGCUUCCGCGAGAGCCUUACCAGCGCUGUUCUCAGGCUGUCCUCAAGGCAUGGCUCAAGCCUCGAAUCCAAGCUCAAAAACUCAUCAAUGCGCAUUUCGGUCUCAAGUGUAAGUCUCUCACCGAGACCGACAAUGGAGUCGAGUCUACGCUCACGGACGUAAGGACCGGCGAACAACAUGUUGUUCAGAGCAAGUAUGUCAUGGGAUGCGAUGGAGCUGGAAGUCAUGUCCGCAGAUCACUCGGCAUUAACCUCCUUGGAGGACCUGUAGCCUUUCUUAUUGCGCAGGACGAGGUCAACACAUGGACACUGCACACUCCAAUUCCGAUCGACGCCGACUGGGAGAAGAUUGACCCCCAGGAGACAGUGUACAACGCGCUCGGAGGCCCGUCAGGGCCGUGGCCUAUCAAGAUUGACGAGAUCCUGGUCAAGAGCACCUGGCGGCCAAACAUUUGCAUCGCGGAGAGGUACAUCUCCCCAAGCGGACGCGUCUUCCUCGCAGGCGACUCAGCACAUCAGAAUAUUCCCACGGGAGGCUACGGCAUGAACACCGCCGUUGGCGACAGCUUUGAUCUCGGGUGGAAGCUCGCUGCCGUGUUGAACGGAUACGGCGGCGAACUGCUUCUGAAGUCGUACGAGCUGGAACGUCUGCCAGUCGCGGUGCGGAAUAUCAAUCACUCGGGCACGCUGUGGCAGAGAUGGGCGAGGAUCUGGAGUAGCUGUGCUCAGGUCAGGCCCGACAUCCUCUCGCAGAGCAAGCUGGGCAAGGCAUUCAAAGCGGAGCUGGCGCAUUCCUUUCUUACCAACGACGGCGAGAACCAGGACCAUGGCAUCGAGAUGGGUUACCGAUAUAAUGCGUCGCCCGUUGUCGUAGGUGAUUCCGAUGCUUCGGAGCCCGAGUGGAACUUCCGCCAUUACGUCCCAUCAACGUGGCCCGGAGCAAGGCCGCCACAUGUCUUCCUUGCUGAUGGCGAGACGAGCAUCUUUGACUUGUUUGGCCAGGAAUACACCAUUGUCGACUUUUCCAAGGAUGGCAAAUGGGCGUAUGAGUUCGGCAAGGCUGCGGAGCGCCUGUGUGUUCCACUGGAAAAGGUUCAUUUGCCGACAGAGAAGCACGUACGGGAUCUCUGGGAGCGUGAUGCAGUUCUCAUCAGGCCAGAUGAUCACGUCGCAUGGAGAUCGCCUCGGGAUCACACCAAGUUUGAGGGUGAUGUGGGAGACAUCCUGGAAAUCGCGGUCGGACUGAAGGGGAAUCUCGAGGCUGGAGUUCAGAUUAGGGAGCGAGCGCUGGACGAGGUCCGGCAAAAAGGAUUCGCGGGCACUGUUGGAAACGUCAACCAGGACAAUGUGGCGAUGAAGGCUGGGUUCCAGAAGUGA